AUGGGAUCGUAUCAGCGCGAUGACUUUCUCGCCUUCAUCCAGCGAGUCCUGGGCAAGGACUACACCCGCCUGGCGCCCGUGCUCAAGACCCUGGACGUCACGAACGCCCGGCAGCUGCGUCACGCCAUCGCCGCGCCGUACGACCCGCGCGUCGAGGGCGCGAACCUCGGCACGCGACCCGAGUUCCACCACCACCUGGGAGGACCGUGCGUGCUCAACGCGCUGCUGGCAAAGUCCGGGAGACAUCCCCCGCUCCCAACGGCGGCGUUGCGCGACCUGGCCGCGGCGACGGGGGGAGACGACGUGGACGCCGACGUCGAGGACAUGCACCCCGCGGCGUCCAUCGCGGUGUACGCGUCGACGCUCGCGGAGAGACGCGCCACCUCCGCGGAGCUCAGGGGCGUUCACGCGCGCGACAUCGCGGAGCGCCUUCACAAAUCCAAACUCUCCUCGCCGCACGCGCUCCGCCGACUCGCGCUCUCCGGAUCCGACGGCGCCCUCUCCGACGCGUCGCGCCUGCCCGAGCCCGAGUGCGUUGACCUCGGGGAACUCGCGUCGAUCGAGCUGAGGGGGGAUCCGGACGCGGUGUUGCGCGGGGAAGGGACGGCGUUCACCGCGCCGCACGGCGUUUUUCUCAGACGCGAAAAACUUGACGCCGGGACAGACUUCGAGGACAAUAAAUUCGAGACGCAUCACCCCGAGGGAUGGACCACGUUCCUCGCCUGCGCGUUCGCCAAGGCGACGGGCGGCGUCGCCAUGACGUGGUGCGAGUCGGAGCGAACCCGAUCGCGGCUGUUCCGCGCGCCAAACCCCGCGCUCACCGACCCGAACUGCGUCUCCGCGAUUUCGACGAACGAGUGGGAAAGGAAAUCGCCGUGGACCCGGCUGCUCGCGAGGCGGCCGGUUGGAUCCGCGCACGUGGACGUUCACGGACGACGGGACCCCGACGGCGGCGACGUGAGCGCGGAGAUUGGCGACGGGGACUGCGACGUGGGCGUGGGGGCGCUGGAGGCUGUGAACGUCGAGUUGGCGGACUCGCUCAGGACGGCGCUCGCGGACGGGUUGGACCGAUGUUUGGCUCGGUGGCGGAGGCGACGCGAGGCGAGGGGCGAAUUCGACAGCCCCGCGGGUGUGCGCUCGGUUUGGUGA